AGAUUUUUACCGUGGUUUCCUUGUUUUCCGUCGCAGUAAGUUCCCAACCAAUCUAAAAACAACGGGAAAUCCGAUUUGCUCGCAUCAAUAAACCAGGCAUAGACCGGGGAAGAAAAGAGAGAGAAACUAGAGAGAGAGAGAGAGGAAGAAAUGGAGAUGAAGCAGAUCUACGUUCUGGCGGCUCUUUGGUUGAGCUUUGUCGGCCGAAUCUCUUCCCUCUCCAUCACCGUCAACGACGUCGAGUGCGUCUACGAGUAUGUCUUCUACGAGGGAGACGCCAUCUCCGGCAACUUCGUGGUCGUCGAUCAUGAUAUCUUCUGGGGCUCCGACCACCCUGGCAUCGAUUUCACUGUCUCCUCACCUGGAGGAAACGUUGUGCACAACAUAAAGGGGACGUCUGGGGAUAAGUUUGAGUUGAAGGCGCCAAGAAGCGGGAUGUACAAGUUCUGUUUUCACAAUCCCUACUCCACGCCAGAGACCGUGUCAUUCUACAUUCAUGUGGGUCACAUUCCCAAUGAGCACGAUGUUGCAAAAGAUGGUUGGUUGAAUCUCUCUCUUCUGUUAAUCAUGAGUGUCUAGCAUUUGGACCCAAUUAAUGUGAAAAUUGCCGAGCUGAGAGAGGCGCUGGAAUCUGUUACAGCAGAGCAGAAGUACCUAAGGGCACGAGACAAUAGACAUCGGCACACAAAUGAGAGCACAAGAAAGCGUGUUAUUGGAUACACCGUUGGAGAAUACCUUUUGCUGGCUGCCGUGAGCUCACUUCAGGUUUUAUAUAUCCGCCGCCUCUUCAGCAAGUCGGUGGCGUACAAUCGUGUUUAAGUGAGGGAUCAGUCGAUCUAAGUUAUUGUCCAUUAAGUAAUGAGUUAAUAGAGGAAACUAGUAGAUGAACCUAGAAAAAUGUAUGCUUUAUACAAAAAGAAACCCAGCUGGGUCUUUUUUGAACUGUUACAGUUUUUGCAUCCUAAUGACAAAGCUCUUUCCAGGACACGCAUGUUUAACCUAGUAUAAUCAACUACACUUUGAUGCAUGUUCAAGCUUCAAAAAGAAUUUCCAGUUCCCUGUAACUUCUGUGGAGAACUGUGUUUCAGUGUCUUGGGAAUGUCCGUCUGCCAGUUGAGGUGUAGGCCCCCGCUCCAUCUUCUCC